UCUCUCUUCUGCCCCCAUUCCCGGCCGACUGGGCAGUGAACUGUCGAUCUUGGCGAAAAGAGGUAAAGUGCCAAAGAGCCAAAUCUCUUUAUGGUGCUCAUGAAAGGACCAGCCAGGCGAGAUGAUCGACCCACUGUAUUAACCCUGGCUCCUGGCAUCUUUUUUUUUUUUCCUUCUCUUCUUCUCCUCUCGCUUGUUUUUUCUCCGUUUGGUUCUCUUAUUUUCCUAUAGCCUCUCCACUAUAGGUUUUGUCUGGGUGAAAAAGCACUGUCAAUCAUUCUGAUGUUCCACACAUUGUCAGACUAGCAGACUAAGAAGCAAAAAUGCAUGGCGCUGUGCUCGCACAUGGUGGCCACCAACCCAGCCCAAUCAAGCCUGCGAUGUUGCAUUACAAGUUGCAGCUUGCGGUCGCCAAGAUACGAGCUGACGGGCUGGCUUGCACAGUGCUUGGCGGGUGGCUGCCCACCAUCUCGUCUGGAAACGGGACCAUCUAGACCUUGAGGGGGACAGGCGAUAAUGAAUUAUUGCAUGGAGAACUCGGAAAUUUACCAUGCUCCGGUCUCUCGCCAGAUUCUGCUACCGUGGCUCCCCGUCGUUCGUCAAUGGAUUGGCUUGGAUUGGACUUGCCUGGUUUGCGGCUGGAAUAUUACCCCUCCUCCAUAUCAUGUCCCAGAUCAGUCUAUCUACCUAGAUAGGCCUGUUCGCUCGUCCGUCUCUCUCGAUUGCCCUGCAUACUGCCUGCAUGCCGCGCUCGCUGGUCUUCCGCCGCUGUCUCACACUCGUUUGAAUAUCCUCGACCUGGUGCCCUGUUGGCCCUCUCUCCCUAGACGCCCCGAGCCGAACCACGACCACAGCGCCUUGACGUUUCGCACCGGUAUCCUGUUCCGGAUUGGAACGACAUCCAUAACAUAAUCUGCCAUUGCUUCUCCAGGGCGGUGAGAUCCAUCAAAAAAGUGCGGGUUUGCCAUUGUUGUCGUCGGUGUUGCCGUUGUCACUUUUUGUAUUUUAUUUUAUGUUCUUUUGUUUGUAUCGUUUGCGGCAAGACAAACACUCUGGCUUCCCGCCUCGUCCAGUGCAGGGCCUCUGGUAUCUCACUCGCUAUAAUCUAUGUCCGCUGAGGAAGCUGGAAAUCCAUCAUGGUUGCGACUCGACUGUCACUGCUGUCGUUGGCAGCCGUGUCAAGUUGCAUGUUUGGCGCUUUUCGUGGAGAGCCACGACUAGGUCGCAUUGACCGGAGGCUGAACGGUUCAGGAGGGGAGAGGUCCGCAGACGAGGCUACUUCUGGCAAUGGCACACCUUUCAGCGGGGAUGUGGUUUCGCCAUCAGCAAUGGCAUCAGAUGCAGUGGUUCCCAUACCAUCAGCAGUAACAUCAGGCAAUACUGUUGUAUCGAUAUCGUUGGAGCCUGCAGCGGCAACGACCUACCCGCCUUCCACAUCGUCGACAUCCUUGGCAGUGGAGUACCUUGUUCCAGCAGCGUUGAUCACAGAUGGUAAAGUUCAUAUCACCGAUUUCGAAAGGGCAACAGAAACGACAUUAUUUGCUCAGCCUACUGUACCUGCUGCCCAAGCAGCUCCUGCUCCCCCUGGAGAGGGUGUUGUCAUCAAGACAGUCAUCUUCGGAUCCGACUUGACUCCGGUGCUGAGUGUAGGGAUUGUAGAGCCGCCAACUCCACCUACACCGCCGAUUAAGCCUGUGGCAGGCAAUGGAAAGAAGCCACCAGCACUACCGUCCAAGCCGUACCUGGCCAACAGCACUGUAACCACGUCCAUGAACAUGUCCCGACCGAUCAUCUCUACCACGGACUCUUGGACGCUCCCAACCGAGCUUCCCGGUGAUAUCACGCUUCCAGGUCUGACGUUGCCUCCACUACCUAUUCCAACCAUCUCAUUUGGAAGCUGGGUUACAAUCAUGCCGACUACGACUACCAAGCCAGUGACUGCUGCACCCACCGCUCCACCUGGUAGCGGUAUCAGCUAUUGUCAAGCUUCAGACUUUGAGAAGCCAACGACAUCAUACUCAAUAAUCUACUCGACUACCAUCACUUGGACCGGGGACCCAAACGAAUAUACGGCGCCUUUCCCACCACUCAUUACACCUAAACCCUCCUGUGUACAAGCGCCCUUAGCGCCCCAACCGCCAGUCCGCUAUACCUUGUCCCGAUGCAAUGGUACCGACACCGAGACCGAAUACCGCACAUGCGAGUUUUCGACGACAACCGUUUACGAUGUUGUCACCGGUCGUCCUUUACCUUCUACCGCUACCGGGGGGAACAAGGCGAAGGGAACCACGACGGUCCUGGUCACGGACAAAAACCCUGCUGUUGUGUUUCCGACAUCGUCAAUGCCCGACUACGGGGGUGCCGACAGGGGCGGCGGCACAAAGUACAGGGACAAGGUAACGGCAGGCGGUGAUGUUGGUCCGAUAACCACGGGGCCAGGGGGAAGCAAGGUUGGUAGUGGUGUUGGUAGUGUUCCUGCAGUGCCCAUCACUGUAUCUCUCCGUCCAGGCGCUGUGACGCUGAACGACCAAGUCUACACGGACAACCCGGCGCUCAGGACACAGAUCGCCCACGUCGGCGGGGAGUGGUUCACCAUCGAGCCAACACGCGUGGUCGGCGCCGGUACAACCCUCAAUAGGCCGACAGCGAGUGCUGCCCCGGCGCCAACAACGCCCAUAACGACAGUCGUUGGUGGAUCCCCGGUUGUGAUCAGCUCCGGCGUCGCGGUUGUCGACGGGACAAGUUUCUCACUCGAGGGGCCGCCCACGACCAAAGUUGUCCAGGACACAACGAUGGCGAUCGGCGGUGGCGGUGUUGAAAUUUCCGGCCCUACUGGAAGCACGCGUCUCAUCAGCCCGCCACGCCACACCGAAGUCGUGGUUGCGGGCGGCGAGCUUGUCACCGCCAUCGGCACCUCCGUGUUGGUACUCCGCGGCACGACCGUAACCUACGGGCCCUCGGCGCCCAUCACCAAGAUGAACAUCAACGGUGACGAAGUGACUGUCGGACCCUCGGGCGUCACCAUCCGCAACAAGGUCCUGGGCGGCACGUCGGCCCGUGAGUCGGAAACGCAGUACGAGGUCGUCGGUGGCGCCACCAUCACCCAGGUUGCGCCCAGCGUCGUCAUCAUCGCCGGCUCCACCUACACCGUCGGACCCGGCGCAUCUGAGACGACAGUAACCUUCGGGAGGCAGACCAUCACGCUCGGCCCCACUGGUGUCGCCGUCUCGACCAUGACCUAUACCUUCCCGCUCGGCGAGACCCCGACCGCCGUCACCAUCACUCCCGGCGCCACCGCUGUGGGCGUGGCGUCGGCCACUACGACGGGCAGUCGCAACAGUGGCGGUGGCGAUAGCAAAGGCGAGGAGGAUGCAGCCGCGGACUUGAGGCCGUCGGGGGUGCUUUUCAGCGUUUCCUUGUUCUGCAUCGCAUCUGGCGUUUUGGUUUGGGUUAUAUAGACAGACGCAACGGGUUGAGCACUGUAGCUCUUUUCCUGUUAUUGUAUAAUAUAUUUACUACAUCUCUAAUUUUUUUUGUUUAUAAUUGUGGGGGAGGUUGUGUUGGGUCGGGUUUUGAGACUUUUGGAGGCCUCAUGAAAAUGUUAUAAGGGUAUGUGGGCAGCAAAAAGGAAGGAAAGGAGGGUGGGGGGAGAAAGGCACGUUUGCAACAAUGCCUAGGACGAAUCACUGGCCUUGAUUUUUUCAACAUAUACACCAGGUUAUGUUUACAACCAAUGAAUAUCAUGAAAAUACCAAGUUAUACAUGUAUUGUGGGCAAAGCGAUCAAAACUUCUCCGCCAACACACGAUAUCAUUCACCAAGA